AUGCGCAGGUCCGCAACGACAUACAAAACCUCGUCAAUCAGACCUCGCUGCAAUGGAUUUUUGUCGGCGGAAAGGGAGGUGUUGGCAAAACCACCAUCUCGUCGUCUAUUGCGACAGCGCUGGCGGAGACCAGGGAAUCUCCUCAGUGAUGCCUUCGGACAGAAGUUCUCCCACGAGCCUAGGCUAGUCAACGGGUUCAAGAACCUCUAUGCAAUGGAGCUGAACACAUCGCAAAUCGUGGAUGGACUGGGUAGCCUGAAGGAAACGCACUCCUUCCUCAGCUCAAUCCCCGACAUUCUCACGAUGUUGCCCGGUCUGGAUGAAGCACUUACGUUCGUGGAACUCAUGCAGUCGGUGCAGAGCAAGCGGUUCUCGGUCACAGUUUUUGACACCGCGCCCACCGGGCACACCCUCAAAUUCCUCAAACUGCCUGAGGUGCUCGAGAAGGUCGUUGAGACGGUGCUCAACCUGGAGAGUGCGAUGGGAGGCCUCUUCCAGAUAUUCGCGUCAAUGUCCACAGCGAAAAUGUCACAGCAGGAGCUCUUCGAUAAGAUUAAAGCAAUCCGGACCAUGAUCAACACAACGCACGAUCAGAUGAGGAACCCUAACCUUACCACCUUCGUUUGCGUCUGCAUCCCAGAGUUCCUCAGCGUCUAUGAAACGGAGCGGCUGAUACAGGAUCUCGCCAGGGGCGCCAUUGACUGCUCGUACAUCAUCGUCAACCAGGUCCUCAAACACGUUGAAAUUGGCGGACUCAUCGAUGAUGCGUGGGAAGGUCUCUCCGAGGAACAGCGCCAAAAAAUGCUGCCCUUCUUCGAAAAGGUCAGGGAGCACCACUCCACGCACAACAGCAGGGUCAACGUGCAGCGCAAGUACCUUCAAGAUAUCAAGGACCUAUACGCCGAGGACUUCAAUAUUCGUUAG